AUGGCGGCAAGGCGAAGUUCAGGACGGACGGCGAACGGGGCGGUGGUGGCGGGAUGCGGCGCUCUCUUCGUGCUGCUUUCCCUGUUGUGCGCCGCGGCAGGCGGGGCGGAGCCGCAGCAGGCGCCGCCCGCCACGCCGGCGUAUUUCGGUCGCCUGUCGAUUCACCCAAACUUCUUCCACCAUCCCGACGCCAGGAACCCGCUGUGGCGCGUGCAGGGGGGUGAGGUGGUGCUCAGCAACGGCGCCCACCUGAUUCGCGCGCCGGUGCACCCGGAUGGCUCCUUCGUCGUCUAUGACCUUCCCUACGGCUCCUACCACCUUCAUGCGGAGUUCGCCGACUUCAUUUACCCAACGGUUCGCGUCGACGUCACGCAAAAGACGGUGCAGGGCAUCACCCGACCAAUUAUUCGGACGUACACCAACGAUGGCGCGAUGCUGCCUGUGCAGGGAACAGGGCUGGAUGACGCCUCACCAGCCGUUAUUCCGCUCGCCGGCACACAUGAGUACUACGUGCCGCGGGAGCAGUAUAGUCUUUGGAACUUCCUAAUGAAUCCAAUGAUUAUCCUGAUGGUUGUGUCCAUGGGGCUCAUGGGGAUGAUGCAGUUGUUGCCGGAGGAGGAUCGUAAGGAGUCGGCGCGUGAGAUGCAGCGGCUGCGCAGGCAAUUGUCAGGGGAUAACGCGGAGGACAAGAAGGCUCCGGCGCUAGCCGCUAGUGGAAAGAAGCCCGAGUGA